AAGUUGGAAACCAACCAAUUAUUACAACACACUCCUUCUCUUGUCUUCUUAACUCCUAUCUGAUCAAUUUCGAAAUCCUACGCUUUCUCAAACGUCUUAUCUUCUACCUCUACCAACACUCUGUUCCUCGGAUAAAAAUCUAUACAGUUUCCACAUUAAUUCUAUCAACCAAUUGCAUCCAUGAGUUUCGCCUUGACUCGCUUCUCUGGACUCUCUUCUAAAACCACCUUAUCACCCGACUUCGAUCACUCCUCCUCUCGCCGCCGGAACGUUCUACCUCCGAACAGAGUUGGACUCAAGAUCUCUUCAUCUUCCUCUUCCUCUGAGCCUGAUCUCAGUGUCACCGUAAAUGGCCUCAAAAUGCCGAAUCCUUUCGUGAUCGGGUCGGGUCCACCCGGUACCAACUACACCGUCAUGAAGAGAGCCUUCGACGAAGGCUGGGGUGGCGUCAUCGCUAAAACCGUUUCACUAGACGCAUCCAAAGUCAUCAACGUGACACCUAGAUACGCCAGGCUACGUACCGGAUCAGCAAAAACAGAUGUGAUCGGGUGGCAGAACAUAGAACUCAUCAGUGACCGACCUCUCGAAACCAUGCUCAAAGAGUUCAAGCAGCUGAAACAAGAGUACCCUGACCGGAUCCUCAUCGCUUCCAUCAUGGAGGAAUACAGCAAAACCGGCUGGGAAGAGCUCAUCGACCGCGUCGAGCAAACCGGUGUUGAUGCUUUAGAGAUCAACUUCUCGUGUCCUCAUGGUAUGCCAGAGCGUAGAAUGGGAGCUGCUGUUGGACAAGACUGCGCGCUUCUUGAAGAGGUUUGCGGAUGGAUUAAUGCUAAAGCUACAGUUCCUGUGUGGGCUAAGAUGACUCCUAAUAUUACUGACAUAACAGAGCCGGCCAGGGUAUCUCUAAAAUCAGGAUGUGAAGGAAUCUCAGCCAUCAACACAAUCAUGAGUGUAAUGGGAAUUGAUCUCAAGACGUUGCAUCCUGAGCCAUGCGUUGAAGGUUACUCAACUCCAGGAGGCUACUCUUAUAAGGCUGUUCGUCCUAUUGCGCUUGCGAAAGUUAUGAAUAUUGCCAAAAUGAUGAAGUCCGAGUUCGGUGAGAACAAAGACUGUUCGCUUUCUGGUAUUGGAGGAGUUGAAACUGGCUAUGAUGCAGCUGAGUUCAUUCUCCUUGGAUCAAAUACUGUACAGGUAUGCACAGGUGUGAUGGUGCAUGGCUAUGGUCAUGUGAAAACUCUAUGCGCCGAGCUUCAAGAUUUUAUGAAACAGCAUAACUUCUCGACGAUAGAAGACUUCAGAGGGCAUUCGCUUCAGUACUUUACAACACACACAGACUUAGUAAGGAGACAGAAAGAAGCUAUUGAGCAGAGAAAAGCCGAGAGGAGAGGUUUGAAAUCUGAUAAAGAUUGGACUGGAGAUGGAUUCGUUAAGGAGACUGAGAGUAUGGUUUCUAACUAAGUUCAGUAGCUUGAUCAAGUGAUGGAAUCAGAUAUUCAAUAAAAGUUUACAACUUCAUUCACAACUUCUUAAAUGUCACUUGCAAAGAAAAAAAAACAAAUGUAUAUCUUAUUUUCUUAACAUUGUGUAUCAUUCAUUCAUUUGUAUAAUGUAUCCACUGCCACAUUUCUUUGUU